GGAGAGCCCAAGACAGGCAAAGGCCCGAAGGGCAAGGGAGACGACAAAAUGCUCGACGGAGUGCUCAUGGAGAACGUAACCAGCCUGCAGCGCCUCGCCUUGUCGCAAGACGCCCAAGGCCGCGAGCUGGCAGCGGCGAUGUUCCACUUCUGGCUCGCCCCAGGCAAAUCGAACCCUGUGAAGGUGGGAAAGAAAGCAGUCAGCGACUACCAGAACCAGGUGAAGAUCAAGGGGAAAGGCCGCGGUAUGGGACCACCACAUCUGCAGGUGGCAAUGGCGAUGAUGGAGGCAAUGCACGCGGAGCUCAGGGAUUCGCCACGCGAGAAAGUGCUGAAGAAGUGGCUGGAGCUUGCGAACCGCGAGGACAAGGGCCAGACAGUUGUGAGCGAGACUUUCUCGGCGUGCAGGCUGAAGGACGCUUGCCAGAAGGACGACAGCAGACCAGAGGAGAGGAAGACCAAGGUGACGGUGAAUUUCAACAAAUGGGCCGACUUUGCAGAUUUCGGCAAGGAGGAUUUGGACCUUCCAACGAUUGAGGAGGUGCGCCGGGCGUUCCUGAAGGGAAUGGAGAAGGCAGGCGCGGAGAAGAUCCGCGGCCAG